AUGUGUGUUGAGACCGGGUGAGACAAUUUGGUUUUAUAGGCCUAUCACAUGCCUAUAUCCUAUCCUGUAUGGUCACAUGACUUGCACCGUCAAAAAUGAAAGCUGGAUGCAGCCAGCAACAGAAUGCAGAAGCGGUCUUAUUUAUCGUUCAUUUGUGCUUAUUUGGUGGUUACCAACUGACUGAAUUACAGAUAUGUCAUCUCUGCAACGGGACAGUGCAGAACGGCACCGCAACGGGACAGUUCUGUUCCAGGUCUGGCGGUUUGAUUGACGGGCGCUGCUGCCUGCGGGGAAAGGAAAACACCAGCAAUGUUGUCUACGUCAUCGGGUUGGAUCUGUCAAACUGCUCCCUAAGUCAUGUUGAGAACCUUCAAGAGGCAUCCACUGCUGCAAUGAUAGAUCUCUCAAUGAACCUCCUUCUGACUCUGGAUGAUUCGCUGUUUGAAGGCUUUAUCCAGUUAGGGAGCCUGAUUCUUCCUUCCAACCUGGUCUGCCCAGGUGGCAAUGCAUCGUGGGAGAAGGUGGAGGUCAAAGGGGAGACUGUUCUUUGCGAAGGACAGAAGGACAUCUGCAACCAGACUGGACAUCUGUCAUUGACCUGCCCUGAGAACUCCCUCUGUUCUGCCGAUGGUCCUGGUUUAUUUCAGUGUGACUGCGUCGAAGACUUUCAUGGGUACAAAUGCCUACGAGAGGGACAGUUCCCAAUAAUCCAGGUCUUUGGGCCUCUAGGGGCCUCUGCAUUUCUGGUCUCUAUCCUGCUAUGGGUUACCCAGAGACGCAAGGCCAAAUUGGUCUGAGGUUCUACCCACUUCCCUAGUCUGAGGCCUGUUCCUGGGACUCUAUGGAAGAUACUGAUUAAUGAAAUGACUGGGGAAAUGCUGACACACUGGACUGUGGACACCAGACUCCAAGGCACUGACCAGUUAGCCCUUCCUUGGCCCCAACCACCACACAGAUCAGCAUCUAUCAGCUUCAAAGCAGAUGAUCUCAGGUGAACUGACAAGCAUUCGUGCUUAUUUGAUUUUGAAAGGAUUUUGGAGAUGUGGAUGAGGUAAAAAACAUGUAGGCACAGUUGCUUGUAUCGUUUCCUUUUCAGGACACAAUCGUAUGUUUACAUUUAUAACCUGUUUUGAUAUGAAAAGCAUACUGACAGAAAUGAUUCAGCUGCUCCUCAUUUACCUAGCGAUCAACAGCAACUGGAGAAGAUUGUUGUUAGAUUUAAUAGAGAAAAUGUGACUAAGACAUUAGGGGUCAGAUUCCCUUAAAAAGUCAUAGCCCUGGGGUGAAAAGCAAUUUCAAUAUACUCUCUUCUCAGCAUGUUUUUAAAGCCGGAGUAAAUGGGCUUAACCAAACUGUUAAUUGAACAAGGUCAAUGAAGCAUGUGAUGUAACCUUUGCAUGCAAAUUGUAGUAGCAAUAAAAUUAAGUAUAAUAUAUUUUUUUUUUAACUGAUAUUUAAAUGUACUGUUUGAGUAAUGAAUUAGGGACAAGAGCAAAGCCAAUUGCUUUGCUGAGUGCUGCUAGUGUUGACUGGCUCUUCAGUAUAUAUUCAUGCUAUCAUUCUAGUUGGUUACCUUCUGCAUUUAAUCUUGGAUUAGAAAAAUGUGAUGUGCUAACUAUGGAUUUCAGGUAUUUGUACUGUUAUGUAGAAUGAAGUUAAGAUAUGGUGUAAGAAUAAAAUAACAGAACAAACUGC